GAAGAGCUGGGCAGCGAUGGACGAGGAGCUCGAGCAGAAGAUGACCUUUGUCCUCGCGGACAUUGACGCUCAGCUCAGCAAGGCGCACAAGGAAGCGACGCUCCUUUUGCGCAGCGUCCGGCGCCACGGAGCAACGACGCGUCAGAUGAACGCGCACUGCCUUCUCUUCCAGGACCUCUUUGCACAGCUUCAGGACCCGAUGACGGCCAAAGCCCCGACCCGAGCGCACGAGGCUGCCUCAGCGCACGACACGAGCGUGCACAACGAGUCGAUGGCUGCAUCCUCGGACGGCGCCGACGAGCAGUACGACUCGUUUCUGAUGCACGACAUUGACGAACAAGAGGUGCGCCUCAAGACGACUGUGCUCGAGCAAGAGAAGAAGGCGAGUCACAAGAUUGCGAGAGCAACGGCGACGACAUCGUCGCUAAGCGAGAGCAACUUAUCUUUGGACGUCCCGAGCCCCGCCAUGCUCCGAACCCCCUUUAUGCGCAAGCCACCGGCGGCAACCCCGACAAAUGCCCCGUCGCUCACAGAGAUCCACAUGCCGACGCCCGAACUCCCAACGCUCUCGAGCAACGUCCAAGUGCUCCAAGCGCCGACGUAUUCUCGAUCGCCGACACGGCCAGUGCGAUCGAACACAUCGGCGUCCGCGUCGUCGCUCCAGGUCGAGCUUACAACGACAACACCUAUGCGAUACACAGGCGCUAGCAACGGUCUCGAUACGAGUGGCCUCUCGAGCCAAAACGCGCGGUCGCCCGAAAUACCUGUGCUCUCGCGUCAUGUGCAGCUGCAGCACACUCCAUUCAACGAGGAAGACGACGACGGGGCGGAGGAGGCCAAGACGCCAUCGACACCAGAGCGUCACUUUACGUCGUCGGCGAUCAAGGCCACUAGUGGCUUCAACAACGUGCUGCUAUCCCCGCAGUGGGCACCAACGCCUUCGGCAAAUCUCCGUCGCCGGUUCAGCGCCGUCGCCGAGCUCACCUCGACGCCCCGAAAGACGCCUCGAAAGACACCGUCCAAGUCGAACGACGAGGACGCGCUCCUGUCGCCGCACCUGGGAUCGCCGCUGCUAAGCACAAAGCUGCGCGUCAUGACGCCCCACACGCCACUCUCGAACCGGAUUGCAGGCGCUGACACGUCGUACCAACCUGCCAUGGACGCUCUGUAUGCUGCGUCGCCAAGCGAGCCGAUUCCGGCGUUCGACCUCUCUCUGUUUCCCGUCGCCUUCCAGCGCGGGCUCGCGGCGUAUCAAAUGACGACGCUGUAUAGUCUCUUCCGCGAAGAUGCUCACCAAGCCCUCACACUGACUGAAGUGUCCGAGAAAAUGACCGACUGCGAGCUCGAGCGGCUCGAAAUUUUCCUCGACACGCUUGUGUCGCGACGACUGCUUCGACCGUUUGUCGUCGAAGGCACCAUGUACUGGCAAGUUUCAACGACAUAAGGCAGGUUGAUGUGUCGUUUGUGCGGUGCUUGCUCAUUUGAGCGAUGGAAACGUUCUUUGAAAGAAGACGUGGACCAUCGUAGCGAUAAGGGUCCAGGACGAUAGUACAAUCAAAACCACAAAAUUACCCUAACGUUAGAUUCACAUAAACCAUCUCGAAAAUCAUCGAGGGGUGUUGCAA